UUGCCGCUAGCCUGUCUCACCUCGCGGCCGGCAGCCUUGCGCGACGCGCCGCGCUCUUUCACAUUCAAAAUUAUUCGCAACCAUUGCAAAAACUCUCUGUGCAAUAAAAUUUUAAUUUUAUAUUUCGAUGCGGUCGCAAUUGGUCUUUCAAGCAGAGAGAUUGUUAAAUCAUUUAAAACAAAUUAAAGUGCCUUUAAAACUUUGAAUGCACUCCUCGUUGCAUGUCCCGCGCGCGUCGUUAUGAGAACCCCGUACCGGCGGUCACGUUGACGUCGCGCGGUGCCGCCAUAUCUGUCUCGGCCACUAUCUAGCAAAAUUAAUAGGCCCUGCUAAAAAGAUAGUGUCCCUUCACUACAAGAAUACAAUGACCCGCGCAUUCGGUUUUUGAAAUUUAUCCUUCACCGAUGGAAUGAGGAGUGCAAAAUACCAUUGUUUCACAUUUUCAUAUGUUUGAACAUCAUUUGUUUUUUUGUUUUUCGGACGAUUAGAGAGCAAUCAUUUUCUUCCAAAAUUACAAAAAUUACAAUUUAAAGAAUGGCGGAGGGUAAUGGAGAAAUAUCCAUUGAAGAGGUACCUGGGAAGGACUCCGAAGUUGGCCGAACACCGGAUUACCGCAAACUCAUCGACUAUGGCUUGGAUCCUAAGGUGGCUGCAAAGCUGGACGACAUUUAUAAGACUGGAAAGCUAGCGCACGCGGAGUUGGAUGAGCGUGCGUUAGAUGCCUUAAAAGAAUUUCCAUCCGACGGUGCUUUAAGUGUACUUGGACAGUUUUUAGAUUCAAAUCUCGAGCAUGUAUCUAAUAAGAGUGCCUAUUUAUGUGGAGUCAUGAAAACUUAUAGACAGAAAAGCAGAGCGGGUGUGCAGGGGGCGCCGGCGCUGGCGGCCGCGGUGCCGGCCAAGGGGCCCGACGAGGACAAGAUCAAGCAGAUCCUCGCUCGGACCGGGUACACGUUAGAUGUCACUACAGGUCAACGCAAGUAUGGCGGGCCUCCGCCGGGCUGGGAGGGCGGCACGCCCGGCGCCGGCUGCGAGGUGUUCUGCGGGAAGAUUCCCAAGGACCUCUACGAGGACGAGCUGAUCCCGCUGUUCGAGCGGUGCGGCACGAUCUGGGACCUGCGGCUGAUGAUGGACCCCAUGACGGGCACCAACCGCGGCUACGCCUUCGUCACCUUCACCACGCGCGACGCCACGCAGCGCGCCGUCAUCGAGCUCGAUAAUCACGAAAUAAAACCAGGGAAGACUCUGAGAAUUAAGAUUAGCGUUCCGAAUCUGCGACUUUUCGUCGGCAACAUUCCCAAGUCUAAAGGCAAAGAGGAGAUACUGGAAGAGUUUGGUAAAUUAACAGCUGGCCUCGUGGAAGUAAUAAUAUAUAGUUCGCCCGAUGACAAGAAGAAAAAUAGAGGAUUUUGUUUUUUGGAAUACGAGUCUCACAAAGCUGCGUCGCUAGCUAAGCGCAGGCUUGGCACCGGUAGAAUAAAGGUUUGGGGCUGUGAUAUAAUAGUGGAUUGGGCGGACCCUCAAGAAGAGCCCGACGAACAAACUAUGAGUAAGGUGAAGGUACUAUACGUGAGAAAUCUAACACAAGAGAUAUCAGAAGAGGCGCUGAAGGAGGAGUUCGAGCGUUACGGGACCGUCGAGCGAGUGAAGAAGAUCAAGGAUUACGCGUUCGUGCACUUCGAUGACCGGGACUGCGCAGUAAAGGCGAUGCAGGAGCUGGACGGCAAGGAGAUGGGCGGGGCGCGGCUGGAGGUGUCGCUGGCCAAACCGCCGUCCGACAAGAAGAAGAAGGAGGAGAUCCUGCGCGCGCGCGAGCGCCGCAUGAUGCAGACGCUUCACGUGCGCGGCGGAUUUGAUUGGUGCAGCUGCUCGCCCGUGCACGCGAUGCGCGGGCGCACGCCGCAGCCGCGUCCGCCGCAGCCCCGCCCAGACUAUGAUUAUGAUUACGACUAUUACGGGUACGGUGAUUACCGAGGUGGCUACAAUGAGCCAUUUUACCGGUACGAUGAGUUCUAUUUUGAUUACUCGGGGCCACCGCAACCGUCCGCCGUCCGCCAACCUCCCAACAGAGCGCAACCGGUAGAGAAUAUGUUAAGAAGACUUACUGACCCGCUUGGUAAAUGCCUCACUCAGGACGAUGAGCUCGGAAUCGGGCCCAACUCGCUUUACUACGAUCUAACCGGAGGCAUUCAGGGAGCUGGGUCGUGUGGGACGGGCGGGCGAUGGGCGCGGCGCGGGGGGGCGGCGGCGGGCGCGGCUGGGCCCCGCUGUGGUGCGCGGCGCGCCGCGCGUGGACGCCGCACGCCCAGCGCCAUUCGUGGCAACCCGCGCGCCAAGCCAAGUUUACCAGCAUGUUUGAUGGUUUGCGUCUAAUCUGGAUUAUGAUACUUUUGUAUAUCGGCAAACGUAAAUACGACGGGGGUCACCAGAACCAAGGGGGCGAGACGAAGCGGCGGCUAGGAGCGGCGGCGGCGGCGGCGGCCGGUUGGGGCGGGCCGCAGCCGGCGCCGAGCUAGUCCCCCGGGCCCGCGCACGGAUGACCCCUGUCUGGAGACACGACAAGCUGCGCAGGGGAGCCCUCGUCCGAAUGACGCGCCCGCUACGUCCGGUCCCCGCUCUGUACCGAGGGGAUCGCUCUUUUUCUAUAUAAAUGUGUUUUUUAUUUGAUUUUCAAUUUUCGAUUUUGUAACGCAUCGAUUCCGUAAAAAUCUUAAAGUAGGACGUUAUGAAAUGUUUCGAAUGUAAGUUUCCCGUUAUGCUUAUGUUUUUCAGUCGUAUUAGUCGUAUAUAUUAUUUAAUAUAUACUUUAUUAUACGUGAGGCGCGGCCGCGGUUGCCUGUUUGCGGUCGCGCGCUCGGGUCGACGACCCAUCGACUGUCUGUUUUUUUAAUACAUGUUAUUCAAUAUAUUUUAUUCCCGCGAACGCAUUUUGCGAUGUGAUGUGUAUUUUAGCAGUAAUUAUUAUAUUAUAAGGAGUUUGACUGUUGUUUUUGACAUACUUACAACUUAGGUUACAUGAGGAUGAAUUAAUGGAAUGAAAUGAACUCGACUCUAGCAAUUACGGCUAAAAUAAAACCACCCAUGUCUGUAUCGAUAACAUUUCCGACUUAGUUCCUGCUUUAGUUUUUUUGCUUUAUUUUUAUUACAUACAUAUUUCCCAUUAAAAUGCAUUAGUGUGAAGAAGUAGUAUUGUAAAGUCAGGAUUUCUGUAAUGUUUAUUAUACUCUACUAAACUUUUUUGUAAUUCGACCACAUAGCGCAUGUCCAUACUGUUAGAACUCGACUUGUAUCAAUCUUGUAUCAGUUUAAUAUGUGGAAUAAAUUUGCAAAACUGUGUUUGCCUUAUUAUAA